AUGGAUUCGGUAAUGAGGCAUCUCAUACCCAUUGGAGGGUUGCCGGGCUUCAAUGCUCCCUUGGGAAAGGCGGCGGCGGCGUUCCGACAACAGACAGCGGGUGUCAGCCGCCACGUGCUACCCAAGGCCACUCGCUUAGUGUCAAGGUCAUUGCCACUCCAGCUCAGUACACGCGGCUCCCACGCUUCUUCUGUCACCACAAAUAGACCAACCCACUCUCAACAACCUGUACACCGCAAAACUGGCUCAGAGAAAUCACAAAUGACUCAUACAAAUUCUCCUGCGGAGGUUGUGGUAUCAGCAGACAGCGUACUUUGGAUAAAAGCAGACACAAAGUGA